AAAAAACAUUUACUGCUUCUGUGGCUCUAUUACCCUCCCGCCAAACGACAGCCAAUCGUGUUCUGUCAACCAUUGUGGAAGAGAAAAUAAGUAUUUAAUUGGGCACUCGAGCAUAAACUAAAUGCGUACAGUCAGCUGGAGAGAGUGAAUUGAAGAAACUACAUCAUGGACUACGUUAUUACAAAGUAGUAGCCAACACACUUGGAUAAAUGCGGAGAACACUUCAUGAUGGUCAUUUUUUGUUUGAUUAAAAAAAUAAGCCUUCGUAUGCUGGUAUUAUGAAUAUUAGUACUUUUCUAAAACAUGGGAACCCAGAUGGACUGCUGCUCCAGCCGCUGUGGGAUGAUCUGCGAGCACAACGGGAGUUCCUCACGUCACCUUUCCUGCCCGCAUGCUUCGCUUUCCUCAUCCACCUUCUCCUCUGCACACAUUUUCUAGCCUUUGAAGCGCUGGGAUGUUUCUGGCCACGGAUAAAUCUCUACAGAAUCUCGAGGACCGCUGAACCGUUCCUGUUGUGUUUGCAGCGAUGGGUUGGCUGCUGUUGGAGGAUUUUUCUGAAAUACCUGACAACUGUUCUCCCUGCCACCGCGCUUUAUCAAAGAGUUAGGAUUCCAAGAUUUCCCGAACUCGCGCCAUCAUGCAGCCUGCUUAUUGGGGAGGUUAUCGCGUGCCUACUUUUAUUUGAUGCGCUGUUCUUUAUAUGGCAUUAUACCAUGCAUCGGGUUCCCUGGCUGUAUCGGAGGGUCCACCAGACUCAUCACCAGAACCGGAUCACCUUCGCCCUGACUGCCCAGGACGCCAGCCCGGCUGAGCUACUCUCCCUGCAGAUGCUGGCCCUGAGCAGUGCCUGGGUGGUGGGCUGCCACCCUCUGAGUGAGGCCCUGUUCCACCUGCUCAACACCUGGCUGGCCAUAGAGGACCACUGUGGCUACGACCUGCCCUGGGCUAUCCAUAGACUACUGCCCUGCUUCGGAGGGGCCCCCUUCCACCAGGCACACCACCACAUCUACAGGGGGAACUAUGCCCCCUACUUCAGGCACUGGGACUGGCUCUGUGGGACCUACCUGGGGGUAAGGGAGGAGGCUGGGAGUAAACAUGGAGGGAGGACAAUUAGGAGAAGGAGAAGAAAGAAGAGCCUUGGAUCUGACUGUGUGUGCGCACAAGCUUGCAUGUGUUAAAAUGAAUGUAAUCUAUGAAGCAAACAAAGAACUGACAUCUUAGGUAGCAUCAUUAGUACAGUGAGUACAGGCUAACACAUGGGUUAUGUGUACUUGUGUUUGUAAAUUACAGGUGGUUAUAUGUUGACUCAAAUGGAAUAUUUGACAAGCAUUAGAUAUAAAGAGACAAUGCUGGUCAUUUGGCUAAAUGUGAAAAUAAAGGACAGCCGCACACUCUA